GUUUGUCGUUAAGAUUUCUCUGUCCCUCACGUUCUGAAUUCUCUGAUACAUCAAUUUUCUCACUCUUCUGUUGCUCUUUCAAAGUAACCAUGGUGGGUUCCUUCAACUGGGUUCAUUGUUUUUUCAUCAUUUUUCAUGUCUUUGCUGCAACAUCCAUAUACUCAUCAACCUUCGCCUCAACGCAACUCUCCACAAACUUUCUAGACAUAGCCAAGAAACCUGAGGUUUUCGAUUGGAUGGUCAAAAUCAGAAGGAAGAUUCACGAGAAUCCUGAACUGGGUUAUGAGGAAUUUGAGACUAGUAAGCUUAUCAGAGCUGAAUUGGAUAAAUUGGGAAUCCCCUAUAAACACCCAGUUGCAGUCACUGGUGUUAUUGGUUUCAUAGGUACAGGAAUGUCGCCUUUUGUUGCGUUAAGAGCUGAUAUGGAUGCUCUUCCCAUCCAGGAAAAGGUGGAGUGGGAGCACAAGAGUAAAGUACUUGGAAAGAUGCAUGCUUGUGGCCAUGAUGCUCAUGUUACCAUGCUUCUAGGUGCUGCAAAGAUUCUCAAGGAUCAUGAAAAAGAAAUACAAGGAACUGUAGUUCUUGUUUUUCAACCAGCAGAGGAAGGAGGUGGAGGGGCUAAGAAAAUUUUAGAUGCUGGAGUAUUGGAAAAUGUUACAGCUAUUUUUGGAUUGCAUGUGACACCAAACUUUGCAAUAGGUGAAGUAGCCUCUAAAUCUGGUCUAAUGUUGGCACGAAGUGGUGUUUUUGAAGCAAGAAUAGGUGGAAAAGGAGGUCAUGCAGCUAUUCCUCAACAUUCUAUAGACCCCAUAUUGGCAGCUUCUAAUGUGAUUAUUAGCUUACAACAUCUUGUCUCUCGUGAAGCUGAUCCUCUAGACUCCCAAGUUGUGACAGUAGGAAAAUUCGAAGGAGGUUCUGCAUUCAAUGUUAUUCCAGAUUCUGUCACAAUCGGUGGCACCUUCCGAGCUUUUUCUAAACAAAGCUUUCAGCAAUUAAGACAGCGCAUUGAGCAGAUUGUGACUGGGCAAGCUAGUGUCCAAAGGUGCAAUGCAACGGUCAACUUCCUUGAAGAAGAGAAGCCUUUCUUUCCAGCAACUAUAAACAAUGGUGACUUGCAUGUUCAUUUUCAGAAUGUUGCAUGGGAUUUGCUAGGCAUCAAUAAAGUUCAUGACAUGAAAUCAUUGAUGGGAGCUGAAGAUUUUUCAUUCUAUCAAGAGGUUAUGCCUGGCCACUUUUCCAUGCUUGGAAUGAUGAAUGCCUCACAUGAAAGGCUUGAGCAACUGCACACACCCUUUUUCAAGGUCAAUGAAGAUGUUCUUCCUUAUGGGGCUACUCUUCAUGCCUCAUUAGCUGUUAAUUAUCUUCUAAAAUAUUCCCAAGAUGUACCUAUUCUAGAUGCCAAGUACCACAAUGAAUUGUAAUUGGAUUGUUAAUAGUUUUUGAGAGUAUAUUUGGUCAACAAAAUAAAAAAACACCAUGUGAUAUUUAUU